CAGUAUUAAGGGGAUUACUACGGAAAACUUGACUUUAUUGAAGGAGAAGAAGACCGCUGUUUAUUCUCAUCAAGAAAUUCCAAUAAGGAUGUAAAAGUUCUGCAAACGGAUUCAUGUAUUCAUGUUUGUGACGCGAAGUUGUUGGGAGACAGGGCUCUGUUUUAGGGACAGAUCCCACCAGUUAAGUCUAAUAGAUUGGAAAAUAAAGAACAAAGUGUUGAGAAAGACCCGGUAGAUUUAGAGAGAUCACGACGACACCCCCUCCGAGGAGCGCUAGUAUAAUUAGACCGGAUUUACCGACGGACAGACGAUAGUUCCUCCAGACUAGUUGCUGUGAGGCGGGUGGACGGCUCGUCUGCGGCCGGGGGAGAGACGAUGUCGGCGUUUAUCGGCUUCCAGGGGGCCAGCACCCACUGGAGAAACAACUACACCCUUCCCGCCCGCGACCCCCCUCUGUCGGACCAGGGGGAGACCAUCAUCGGGGUCUACCUGCUUGUUCUUGGCUGGCUGUCCUGGUUUGGGAACAGCAUCGUUCUGUUUGUGUUGUACAAGCAGCGCGCCUCGCUCCAGCCCACGGACUAUCUAACCCUUAACCUGGCCUUCUCCGACGCCAGCAUCUCCGUGUUCGGGUACUCCCGAGGAAUCAUCGAGAUCUUCAACGUCUUCAAGGACAACGGCUACCUGGUCUCCUCCGUCUGGACCUGCCAGGUGGAUGGUUUCUUCACGCUGGUGUUUGGGCUGAGCAGCAUCAACACCCUCACCAUCAUCAGCAUGACACGCUACGUCAGGGGCUGUCACCCCACCCGAGCUCACCUGAUCAACAACACCACCAUCCUCGUGUGUCUGGUCUGCAUCUGGGCCAGCGCUGCCUUCUGGUCUGGAGCGCCCCUAGUGGGCUGGGGGAGCUACACAGACCGCGGCUACGGGACCUGUGAGAUAGACUGGGCUAAAGCCAGCUACUCCAGCGUCUACAAGUCCUACAUCAUCUCCAUCCUGGUGAGCUGCUUCCUGCUGCCCGUGUCCGUCAUGCUGUUCUCCUACGUGUCCAUCAUCAACACCGUGAAGCGAGGGAACGCCCUCACAGCCGACGGAGACAUCAGCGAACGCCAGCGCAAGAUAGAGAGAGACGUCACCAUAGUGUCCAUCGUGAUCUGCACGGCCUUCAUCCUGGCCUGGUCUCCGUACGCCGUGGUGUCCAUGUGGUCCGCCUGGGGCUUCCAGGUGCCGGUGCUCACCAGCAUCUUCACGCGCCUCUUCGCCAAGUCGGCCAGCUUCUACAACCCGCUCAUCUACUUCGGCCUCAGCUCCAAGUUCCGCAGCGACGUGGCCGUGCUGCUGCCCUGCACGCCGCACGCCCGCGAAGCCGUGCGCCUCAAACGCUUCAGGCCCAGCCCCCAGCCGGCCGCCGCCCGGGCCCCGCUCAACGCCAGGGAGAGGAAGUACGCGGCCCCCGGGGAGCCCUGCGUGCCCCCGAGGGAGCCCUGCGUGCCCCCGAGGGAGCCCUGCGUGCCCCCGAGCCCGCCCCUGGACUCAGGCCUCGGCAGCCCCCCCCCGCCCGCCGACCCGCCCUCGCAGACCGACGGAGAGUCGAUAUGCGUCAGACUUUGAAAUGCUUGCAGAUUUACUCCCUCGUAGGAAAACCCUUAAUGCAGCUGAAUCUAGUAAGGGUUUAUAUUAACCGUAAAGAAAUCAUAUUUGUUGUUAAAUGUUAAUUAUUCACUUUAAAUGUUAAAUAUUCAUUUUUCAAUGUUUCAUAUUAACUCUAAAAGGUUUCAUUUUUACUUUAAACAUAUUCACUUUAAAUUCACAUUUGGGUCUUUCAGCAAUACCUCCUACAUGAAGGUGGUUUCAAAGGGUUAAAAGUAGUGCGGUCAGUUAAACGCGUUAUUAACGGCGUUGACGCAAACCAAUUUUAACGGCACUAAUUUUUUUACCGCGAGAUUAACGCAAUUUAUUUAUUUAUUUUUGGCUCAAAACAAAGAAGCAGUAGCCUGACUGCUAUGUUCAAGGCAGUAUGUUUGCAUGUUCAUCGUUUAAUUGCACUAUAGGCUUUUUUUUUGUAUCGUCCUGUUUUGAUCAGUAUAUGCCAAUGUUGUUAUCAAUAAGAAAAAAAUUGCACAAGGCAAGCCGAUGCACUUCUCCAUGUUGAUAAGAGCAUUAAAAUUAGAAAAAUUAAUGGGACAAAGAAAUCAAGGGAUAUUUAGCAUAGAAAAAAGAUUUGCGAUUAAUCGUGAGUUAACUAUGACAUUAAUCCGAUUCAAUAUUUUAAUCGCUUGACAGCACUAGUUAAAAGCUAUCUGGUUCUCGAACGAAUGCAUGUGACAUGCAUGAUCGCGCUUUCUCAGGUCAUAUAGAUGAAGCAGAGUUCACGUCUGCACAUUUGUUGAAAUUCCACAAACGUAUUACCCGUAUUUUGUACGUUGCAUCAUCUUUCCUGUUGUAAAUAGCCAUGGCUACCAGAGUAGCCCAUUAAAGUUACAUACAACCC